AUGACCGAGAAAUAUCAGCUAGAUAACCCAAAUGCCCAUUAUUUGGCAAAUUUGUCUAAUCUAAACUUGACAAAUAACAACAUCCAGUUGGGCCGCUUGCCUACAUUAGGUGAGAUUCUUUCUAACAAAACAAAAUCACCAAUAAGCUUAUACAACUUCUACUUGUACAUGAAGAAUGUUGAGAACAACGCCGACUACUUGGAUUUUUGGUUUGACCUUAUCAACCAUCUAAAUUUGUGCAAACAUUACGUGCAAGGCUUGCGAGAAUCUCUUGUUCGACAGUCAGUUCACAGCAAUAACUUCGGGAGCAAUAAUCCUUUUAAUUCAUCGCCAAAUCACAACAGAGAUUCUUUUCCUCUUUCUGAAAAGAGUAAAUAUAAAUCCCUUUCGCUGUCUGUACUCUUGGAGCUCAUUCUCAACGAUCAGAUUUUGGAGGACAACGAUUCGAACAGGCUUUCUCAGUUUCUCCGAGGGGAAAUCAAUCUUGAUACAGUUGACCCGAAGCUCAAAGAAUUAAUCGAGGCAUACAAUGCUGAAGAAUCUAUUGCACAACCUUCACCAACAAUGGAUAGGAAUUCCUUCUAUACAUCGUCCGAUCGGCAAUUCUCUUCACAAUCCCGGCUCUUAGAUGAGCCGGUUGAAUCCCCUCAAAUUUCUCCCAUCCAACAAGGUGAUUUUCGACCCCCUGAUGUACUAUCCCAAAACGAUCGAAUUCGAAAGCCACGUCGCCACUCAUCACUUAAUCCUUCAUUACUUGAAAACCUUAUCAAAGAUUCGCCGGUAUCUAAUCUGUUUAUUUCCAGGCAAAAUCUCAGGGAAUCGUCCCAUAACCUUCUUCUUAAGUAUUUUGUGGAAGAUUCGGAGAAGUCGCUAGAGAUCUCACCACAUCUUAACGAUAAAAUUGUCAAGGCAAUUCAAAUUGAUGGAAGGGAUGAUCCCAGCGUUUUCGAUGGCGUGAAGUUGUAUGUGUUCGAUCGUCUUGAAAAUGAGCAUCUUCCAAACUUUUUGAAUUUCAUUGCGAUCAAAAACAUCAACAGAUCCGUCAAUGCCAGAGUAAUAUUUGGCUUCUUUAUGUCAUUCAUAUCAUUCUGGAUAGCUUUCAGCUUGAUAUUUUUGGAUGAAAAAAAAAGAUAUCGAUGUGUCAUCAUUUUCACCUUUUUCUGUGGAUUCUACGGUCUCAUGACCUCCAUUUACAGAAUAGAUCCACUUUUGGCUUUCAGUGCAAGAAGCGAAUCAUACAUCCCUUCACACACAUUCAUCAGAGUUGAAGACACGUUCAUUCAUAAACUACUCAUGAAAAGAGCUACGUGGGUGUUGUUCCUUGUGUUGUUGCUUACGGCUAUUUUCAGUGUUCCGUUUUGUCUCGUGCCAGGCAAACACCUCUGA